AUGGGACUAAUUAGCAUUAUUAUUUGGUUAUUUAAUGAAAUUCAAACGAUUUAUCAUAUUAUAUUAUCGCCUAUACGCGGUAUUACACAUAAAGAACGAUUAGAAAGUUUCUAUGCUGGUCAAGCUAAAAAUUAUGAUUUAUACAGAAAAAAAUUACUUGCUUGUAGAGAAACAUUAUUAGAUAAAUUACCAUUUGGUGGAAUUUGGGUUGACAUGGGUGGUGGUACAGGUUUUAACCUUGAAUAUAUGGCAAAAUUGGGUAGAUUAAAACAUUACACAAAAGUUUAUCUUGUUGACCUAAGUCCAUCUUUAUUACAAAUUGCAACACAACGAAUUAAAGAAAAUGGCUGGACAAAUGUUGAAAUAAUAGAAACAGAUGCAACCAAUUGGCAGCCUAAAGAACAGAAAAUUGAUCUAGUUACUUUUUCUUAUUCUUUAACUAUGAUUCCUGAUUGGUUUUUGGCAAUAGAUAAUGCAAAAAAACUCCUAAAAGUUGAUGGUCAUAUUGGAGUUGCGGAUUUUUAUGUUUCAAGAAAAUAUCCUGAACAUGGAUUCAAAUCGCAUUCUUGGUUUCGCCGUAUAUUUUGGAUGGUAUUUUUUGGAUUUGAUAAUGUUAAUCUUUCAAGCGAUCAUCUCUGCUAUCUAAAUAGGCACUUUCAAACUAGUGAAAUAGUUGAAACACUCGGCUCAGUGCCUUAUAUGCCUUUUCUAAAGGCACCUCAGUACGUAUAUAUUGGACAAAAUAGUUCCACUUUAUAGACAUAUAUGUAUCCAUUUCACAUUUCUGAAUAACUUGCUCGUAUCGACUUUUUAACAUGAACUGUCUGGCAGAAGUAGUAUUCACGACUAUUCUUCAUUAUUCUGAAGAAAAGAAACAGUUUUCUACUCUCUGUGAAAAAAAAUCAUUGUUUACUCAAAUUCAACGGAGUUCUCUUUCUGCAUAUACGAGGAUUAACUUCAAUAUAUAGGGGCAUAUGGCCAGCCAUUGAUCACUCUUGCAUUAGGGAAGUUCGAAAUCACAAGCAUAAAGAAAAUUGUCUCUACAAUCAUCAGUGCCCUAUUGAUAUAUUAUGGAAGCUUUCACAAGUUCUAAGAUACACGCUCCUGCAUGUUUGAAAUGCCAAUUUUCAUCCGACCAGUGUCUAAAAACAGAUUUAUUGACUGUUUUCAUCGAAAAAGUAUGGUUGUUCACAUUGUUACAUUACAUUUUGUGGAACUUACAUAUAUUUUCGAAGUAAAUAGUGAGUGUAAGUUUUAAGGUCAAGUUUUCGCGGCUUUCCCUCCCCAUUACAGACACCUUUCUUUACAGACCUUAGCAAUCAAGAAUAAUAGACGCCAGAUUUUCUAGAGUUGUUUUUUCAAAAUUAAUCAAGUUAUAAUUUUGAAGAGUAAUGAAUGUCAUUAUUUGUGAGUAGAGUAAUAUAUAUGAUAGUGCGUAAGAUCUUCUGUAGAUAUCAUGAAUAUGUAAAACAAACUUAUUUCUCGAUUAUUUCCAUGGUCAUAAUAAUAAGAGUGUUAAAUUAAUAAAAACGAAUUAAAAAAUGAAAACAAAAAAAUAGGGCAUCCAUAGAAAAAAUUUUAAAAAGUCUAUUCGAAAUGUAGAAAUUAGAGGAGUCAUUAUUCUAGAGGUCUGUUAUUCUGCAAAACAACUAUAAUCUAAGAGAGAUUUUUCACUUUGGGUAUUUUGUAUCAGUAGAAUGAGGCUAGACAGCAUUUGUGAGUUCCAUAUUUCAGCCCCAAAGGGGCUGCGCUAACAAGCUUUUUUUUACUUAAGAAUAGAUAGAUCGUCUAAUGUGAUUUUGUUGUGAGAAUAAAACUGACAUAUUGGAAUGAUAAAACUGUUUUUGUACAAUUCAUUGAUUAGAAAGAAGAUGAAUUUUUGUCAUGACAAUUUGCCAUAUUAAGUUUUUAAACCUUCCCUAAUGAAACGUAAAAAUAAGACGAAAUUCCAUAACGAACGACAUUUCAAACCGUUCAUUUGACGAAGGUAAGCUCGAUCAGAAAUGACCUGAUAUUCUAACAGCUGGUUAAAAAGAGAACGUCUCAACUCGUCACGGUUUUUUUUGACAUUUUUGUCGUAACAGGGCUGUCGUAACGAAAUAACAGGGAUUUCGUAACGAAAGCCCUGUCAAAAAAAAACCGUGAUGAGUUGCCACGCUCCCGUUAAAAACUGAGCAGCUUUUGCAUAUGACGCUUAUUUGUGCAUUGUUUUGUUUUGUAUAAAAAUGCUUAACUCUUAGCUACCAUUAAAAAAAUUCCAUGUUUUGAAAUUCCGUAAUGCUCAGUAUUUGUUGAAUAACUCUGCUGUAGCUAAAGAGAAAUUGAUAAACUUUUUACUCAUAAUAGAUCCAAACGAUUUCUAUUAGUGUUAAAAAUUGCACACAAUUUGCUUUUAUCAAUGAGAAAUUACAGAUGCUGCAAUGUGAAAAAUGAAAUUUCAUAACACGUGGCCACCCUCAUAACAGAAAAAUGAAAGAUUUCAAUAAUAAAAAAAUAGAAAAAAAUACAUACAAAACAAUUUA